GAAAUUUUUCGAUAUUUUUCCAUUUUGUACGUAAUUUCUUUUUUAAUUUUGAAGGAUUUUAAGAUGACGAACUCUUAUAUUGUGAAUACUCCAAGUGGACAAUAUACAAUUCAACAACAACCUACAUGCGUUACCGGUGUUCAGCAGCCUCAGCAAAUUAUCCAUCAUUUAGUACCGCAACAGCGACCUGCGCAGAGCUCUUUUAGUGGCGGUGUUGUUCAUCACAACGAGAGACCACUGGUCCGUGGGAAAACAUCGCCUUAUGGGUUUUUUGUCAAAAUGUGUUAUGAGGAACAUAAAAAGAAGUAUCCUAAUGAAUGUGUUCAAGUGACUGAAAUUUCAAAGAAAUGCUCGCAGAAAUGGAAGGAGAAAAAGCGAUUUUUUGAAUUGGCACAAAAGGAUGCUGAACGUUACCAAGCCGAAGUUGCAGCGUAUGGAGGUGAAGACGUGCUUAAGAAAAAGAAGCGUGCCAAAAAGGAUCCGAAUGCGCCGAAGCGAGCAUUGUAUGUUACGGCAAAGUGCUUUAAACCUUUUCUUUUUAGGUCUGCCUUUUUCUUCUUUUCGAAUGAUAAACGUCAAGAGGUAUCUGGUGAACACCCAGAAUGGAAAGUUGGUCAGAUUGCACAAGAGCUUGGUUUGCGUUGGAAGGCAUUGUCAGACGAUGAACGGAUUGUUUUUGAGAAAAAGGCACAAGAAGAUAAGGAACGAUAUGCAGAGAUGAGUGACCAGAAGUCGCCAGAGCGUCUCAUGCAGAGCUCUAUGGCAUCUACUACAACUACAAUGGUUACUUCUCGUCAACCCCAAAUGGUUAUUGUUCAGCAACAAGGCCAACCGGGACAAUUACCAAUGCAGAUUUUAGAGGAGCAUGUUGCUACUUCACACGGUCAAUAA